AUGUCGUUGAAGUUCAGUAGCAACGAGCCUCAGUUGGCAGUAAAACCUGUAGCAGGCGGAUCGUUGGCUCUACAAGUGACAGGUGUGGCUGGAUUGACGGUAGUGGAUGACGGUGCCGGCGGACAGAAGUUGCAUGUGGAAGUGCCGAUUGACGCGGAGUACAGUAGCGCAGACUUGCUGGUACCUACCGGUGCGAACCGUAUUGUGUUGUCCGGUCGGAAGCAGGUGAUUGAAGGUUCUGGCGCCUCGCAGUGUAGUCAUUGGAAAGAGUUCAGUCGGACGUACAAUGCACCAGAGACGGUGGACCCGUUGUCUGUGAAGUCGGAGCUUCAUGGCAGCGUAUUGGUUGUGGAGGGAUCAUUGGUGAAGUUGCCUUGA